GUUGGAAAAGGAGAGAAAGAGAGAGAAGUAUGUAGUAGCUAAGUAUAUAUAGGAUAUUGCGUGCUACUUCAUUUUUCGCUACGUGCAUGAAACGUGGUGUGAAAUAUAUACGGUCCAUAUUACAUUCCGAGUGAUAUUACUCUUUAAAACGUGUCUAAACGUUAAAAAAAAUGGUUGAAAUAAAUCCGGAAGCACUUAAAGUGUUCGGCUUUUGGGGCAGCAUAUUGGUUCUGAAACUUCUGGCCAUGAGUCCCUUGACUGCACGACAGCGAUUUAGGAAGAAGGCAUUUGCUAAUAAAGAAGAUCUUGGUUUUGGCAAAGAGAAACAAGUAAAGCUUGAUGAUCCAGAUGUGGAGCGUGUACGAAGAGCACAUCUUAACGAUCUGGAGAAUAUUUUGCCAUGGUUCAUAAUCACGUAUCUGUGGUUAAGUACUGGACCUGCACUAUGGUUGGCUAAAAUAUUAAUACGAACGUUUGUACUCUCCCGUAUAACUCAUACCAUUUCAUAUGUUAUUUUUCAUCAACAACCUACAAGAGCGAUAGCUUUCUUUGUUGGAAUUUUAAUUACUGGUUAUCAAGCAUUCAUCACAUUGUGGCACUAUUCCUAAUUUUAUAUACAGGGAUAACUUUUGAUCAUUUUUAUAUUAAAACGAGCAUGAUAAUAAAAGCAUUUAUAGCAUUAACAUUAGUUGCAGGGUUGUUUAAAAUAAUACAAUGUUUUAAUAUUUGAUAAUGAA